UCGUCAGUGGUUUAUAAUGCAGUCAAUGUGGUGGAUCUACGGGUUGUUAGUGUUUUUUCUAUGCAAAAGCAGCACGGGACUAGCAGAUGUCGAAGUGCGUGUCAUCAACGAAACGGACAGUACUGAUAUUCAAAAAUUAUAUUUGGAUAAUCCGUAUAGCCACUGUCCUAACGAUCCCAGUGCCCAUGGUAUAUAUACCGUACAGGUAGGGGAACUAGAUCCCUUCCAAGUGUCCUGCGAUGCAAAGAUGGCGGGUCCUGGCUGGACUGUGAUCGCACGUCGAACCAACAAGAAGCUACAUUUCUUCCGCGACUGGGAGGAGUACAAGAGAGGAUUUGGUGACAUCACAGGCGACUUCUUCAUAGGAUUGGUUAGGCUGCAUGCCAUUACUAAGUCACAGACCCAAGAGCUAUACGUACACCUGGAGGAUUUCGAGGGGAACACGAGAUAUGCCCAGUACGAUGAGUUCCACAUCGAAAGUGAAAAUGAAUCCUAUCGAAUGUCCAAGUUGGGCGCCUUUACUGGCGAUGCGGGUGAUUCAAUGACUUAUCACAAGAAUGAAAAUUUUUCCACCUACGACAGGGACAACGAUAAUAAUAGCGGUAACUGUGCAGUUGAACGCAUGGGCGCCUGGUGGUACGACAGUUGCACGAGCAGUAACCUUUUCGGCAUGUAUUUAAAUGGUAACGUACCGUCAGGCAUGGAAAAAAAGGGAAUAAAUUGGUACAGUUUUCGCGGAGAUCGCUAUUCACAUAGAGCAAUUCAAAUGAUGGUCCGACCAAAGUGCAAUUGUUCUUAAAAUAAAUCAAAUAAAAUAAAUA